AUGAAUAACUUCACAGUGAACUUCACAUCUGCUGUUUCUACAAACUCCCUCUUCCAGUCCAGUGGGCUACUGGCCAGUGUGAGGCAUGUUGUACACAGCAUCAAUUUCCUGUUUGGUCUUCCUACACACUCAUAUGUUAUAUGGCUCAUCAUCACAGAAACCGGAAGUGGAGUCGCAUCAGGAUUCUUCAACCUCAAUCUCUCUGUUUGUGAGAUUGUUAACUGUCUGAACUCUUUGUUCUCUGCACUUACUUAUUUUCCUUGGCUUUCAAGUCUAACAAACGUAACAUAUUUUUUAAUAGGAUCUGCCAUCACUGGUCGUCCUCUGUUUCAGUGUCUGAUCUGUGUUGAGCGUUACCUGGCAGUGGUUCAUCCUGUAACCUUUCUGAAGUUCAAACCUCUCAGAUAUAGAGUGAUCUGCUGCACUGCGGUCUGGAUAAUCACUUUUGGCUCCUGUUUGUGCUGCAUGUUUACUUUAGUCUUACUUCACUUUUAUAUUUAUGCAUGCAUUAACUCGUUUGAGUUCCUCCUCUUCCUCUUCAUCCAGUUGUUUUGUCUUGUGGCUGUUCUCAGAGCUCUGAAGCAGUCAGGACCAGGAGAGAGAGGGAGAGAGAGAAAGGAGGAAAACCCCAUGAAGAGAAGAGCAUUACAUGUCAUUGUAAUAACUACUGUGAGCAUGGCUAUUAUAUAUAUGCCAUUUACUCUCUCAGGAUUUGUGUACGUGCUGACACUAAAUGCUGAUGAACCUUUAUCUGUUGGUAUUAUUUGUUUCAUUCUGGGUGGUUUUGUGCAGCCUGUUCUUUAUCUGAACCGGGCUGGAAAACUCUCCUGUCUCUGUUCCCCAUAUAACCCGCAAUUGUGA